AUUGGGCACAUAGCCGCAUUCAUCUGAGGGGACCGGCGCGAGAACGGACCCUUCCGACCAAUUGCAGCCAUCUUCUACCUGUACGAGACACCAUCUACCCACGCGAUUGAGCAGCAUCCGUCCGUGAGCUUGAAAUUUGGCUUGGACUGUCCAUCGUUGCCCUAGCAUGAGCGAUUCAGACACCGACAUGGAGACACCUGCCGUCGGUCAGCCACACAAUGCACUGCAACAUGCUUCCCGCCAUAGCAAUGGUGCCGUCGAUCAUACCCACGCUGCAUAUCAUCUGCUUGAGGGACACGGCGGGGGGCGUGUACAACACCAUGCACGGCUCGAUCACGACAGUCCAACUCGUCGAGGGGGUAAUGCCGCUAGAACGGACAACCAAGGGGUUGCUGCAUUCUCGUCCCAUCCAAGUGGACAAACCAAUGCAAGGCGUUCGGUGCCUGGUUUGGACGUCGCGUCAAUGAAUUCUCCUGCGAGUGUGGUAGCUGUUCCUUCCACUCGCCUUGCGCUUCCUCUGUCGUCGACCAACUCAGGGAACAACAAUGUGUUGCUGGCCGCGCUGGGUGGUACUCCCCGCGGCAAUAGCCAGCCGCCACCCCCCCUUUCCCGUCAACAUACUCACUCGUUCUUUCCUGGAUCGGAUGCCACCAACCACGACGAAGAAAAGCCGCGGCACCGUGCCGACGUCCUAGAGCCAGACGACGUGCAUCCUCCUCCUGGCACGAGCUAUACUUCCGCCACAACCACCAGACGAAAGCGCGACCGCGACGGAACGGCAUCGUCGAAUGGCGGCCCUUGGGGGGACGUCUCGCUCAUCUCGUCCGACAACGACGAGGAAAAGGUCCCGAUCAUCGAUCCGUCCGAGCGCGUGGAACACCGCAGCACCAAGUUGGUCCGCCGGGAGAUUGUGAUCGCGUCGCCGUCGAACGGGAUGGACGACGACAACGACAUGCCGCCCCACAAGGCCCAGCGUCCGCCGCCGCCGCCGCAGCAGCACCAUCUCGGCUUUGACGUGCAGCCGGUGGACAUGAUUCUGCAUGUGUUUUCGUUCUUGGUGUACUCGGACGACGUGUACCAGAUGCAGCUUGUGUCCAAGCGAUGGCGCCAACUCACAAGCACCCCGAGCCUGUGGCGCGCCUUGCCGGACGUGACGGCGGACGGCGGCAUCAAUUGGCUCAACUUUCGCAACCUCGGCAUCAAGAACAAGGGCACCGAGGGGACGUGCUACCGCUGCUUUCAACGGAGUACGGGGCGGGUGCUAGCGAUGAAGCGGGCGCGGGUCUUUCCCAAGGGCGAAGGCGUGCCGUACUACAUGCUGCGGGAACUAGCGGUGCUCCAAGGCAUAAAACAUCCCCACAUUGCAUCGCUCGAGAUGAUUUCCCUCGCCAAGGACGAACUGCAUGUGUUCUUUCCAUAUGUGGACAAGACCCUGCAUGAAGUAAUCAACCCCACGAGCGACCCCAGCGGCGGCCGCGUCCUUCCCGAACCUCAAGUGCGGCGGUUCCUCCAUCAAUUGCUCGAUGCGAUUGCGCACUGCCACAGGCGCGGCGUGCUGCAUCGGAACUUGAAGCCCAAGCACUUGCUCAUCGACACCAAGUCAUCCGACGAACUAGACGACGCCGAGCUGCGCAUUUCAGACUUUGCAUUGGUGCGCGCGACGGGCAUCCCCCGGCGGACGUACACGAUGGAGGUGGUGACAUUGUGGUAUCGGCCGCCCGAGAUCCUCAUGGGCGUGCGUUCGUACUCGCCGGCCGUGGACAUCUGGUCCAUCGGGUGCAUCUUUGCCGAGAUGGCGCAGGGCAAGCCGCUAUUCACGGGCAUCUCGGAGAUCGACCAGCUCUUCCAGAUCUUCAGCAAGCUGGCGACGCCCACGGCGGCCACGUGGCCUUCGUUUACGACGCUCCCCAACUACCGCUUUGAGUUCCCCAACUGGACGAGUCGGCCGUGGUCGCGGCUGUUUCCCACGCUGAGCGACUUGGGCCUCGACUUGCUCUCCAAGUUGCUCACGUACGACCCCGACGAGCGCAUUUCGGCUGAAAACGCCUUGCGACAUCCGUACUUUGCAGGCUUCCAAACGUUCCCGACGCUCGUGCCGUCGAUUCCGAUGGCCGACAUGCGCUUUGCGAUGCGGCGGGCGGCGCUGGCCGACGGCGGCGCGUCCAACGUCCAAGUCAUUCCAGAGCACAUUGACCUGUUCCACGCGUACUUGCGCGAGUCGGAAGUGGCGCAGUGGAGGGAUGUUAAUUACCUCAGUCGAAAGCGCACGCAGUCCCUACGCCCGAUCCAUCGCUCCAUGCUAGUCGACUGGCUCAUUGAAGUCGUGGACGUGUUUGAAAUGUGUUUGCGGACGGCGUUCUUGGCCGUGCACUACACGGACCGGUACCUGGACACGGAGAUGGUGAAGAAGACCAAGUUCCAACUGCUGGGCGCCACGUGUCUGCAUGUUGCUUCCAAGUGCGAAGACGUGUCGUACAUUGGCGUGGAAGAUCUGUCCAUGUGCGCAGACAACGUGUACACGUCUGUGGACGUGCUCAAGAUGGAGGAGCAUCUGCUCAAUACGCUCAACUUUACGCUCUCCGUGCCCACGGUGCUGGAUUUCGUCAACAUUUACCAGAAAAUGAUGCCGCCGCUGACCCAGAAAACUGCCAUGCUGGCGCAGUAUUUAUCGGAAUUGGCACUCCAAGAGUACCGAUUUUUGAAAUAUUUGCCGUCGUGUGUGGCCACGUGCUGCUUGUCGUUGGCGAUGUACUGCAUAGAAGGGUACCCCAUGACGCCGCAAUUACAAGCCGCGUGUGGGUACUCGUACGCCGACAUAAAGGAAUGUCUCGUCAAGCUCCAAGACGUGUACUCGUCUGCGCACAUGAACUUGCUCACAGUCGUCAAGAAGCGGUACACGGACGAAGACCGGUGCCAAGUCGCGCAGUUGCUGCCGCCCAUGACGUACAAUAUGACGUACUAACCCACAUGAUGAUCAUCAUCAUGGUGGUGGUGGUUGCUAAACAACAAGAAGUAUGCAUGGAGAGAGAGAAUGUCAUUAUAAUUGUUUAGUCGGGAUAUAAAAGGGGAUAAGAGAUCAGGGGGGAUAUAAC